AGUUCGACCGUGCUACACUCGCGAAUUGAGCUCACGACCAUUUGGCCCAACUCUGAGUUGUCACUGCCGGCGCUCUACCGUAACCACUUGCAAGCUUUUCUACGAAUAUGUUAAAAGUACCUAUUAGGAGGUCCCGAAGGGAGAGAUCGCAUUCAUUCACGUACAGUUCACGCAUCCCUGGAGGAGAGGGGCAGAAUUUCUGAAGAGGCGCCUGAAGGAGGACGGAAAUCAGGAGUUGGCCCAUGCUGCAUUCACCUUGAAAUGCUUGGUGCACUCUGCCUAGCUGUAAAACCUCAGAGGGCUCUGAUCGGCAGGGUAUUUCCUGUCGGUCUCCACCAUGCCGCAGUUUAUUUCAGAUAUAGAGUUCCAGGGUUUGCGGGACAACCCUGCUGCGCUGGUUGCGCGCUGUGAUGAGGUGGUGGCUGGGCUGCAGUACGAGGCUGAGAAGCUACGCGCCCAGGCGGAGGGCGAGGCUAUUGUGCGGGAGCAGACGUGCGCGCAGCUGGAACAGCGAUACCUGGCGCUAGCGGAGGAGUAUGGCCAGCUGGAAGCGGAGCAGCGGCGCCUGCAGGCAGGCCUGGCAGAGGCCUCCGCAGAGCUGGCGCAAGCAAGAGCGCGCGCCCACCAGGAACAGCUCAACAAGGUCAGCGCUGAGGGCGAAGCAGAGCGAGUGCGUUUAGAGCUGUCGGAGCAGCAGGCAGGGGGGCGCAGCCUGCGGAGCCUCCUGGAGCAGAAGAACCAGGAGCUCCAGGAAAAGGACGCCACCAUCAAGGCAUACCUGGACAAGAUUGUGGCGCUCACUGACACCCGUGCUGUUUUGGACGGCAAAGUUCGGGCAGCCGAGGAAGAGCGCCAGCGGGUUCAGGCUGGCAAUGCACGCUUGACGCAGGAGAAGGAGCUGCUGGAGCAGCACAAUGCAUGGUUGUCGCGCGAGCUGGCAGGCAAGGCUGGUGCGCUGGCCCAGGAGCGCCAGGCGGCGGCGGAGCGCGAGACGGAAUUGGCCAACAAGCUGGCCGCUGCAGAGAAGAGCGGCAGCGACAGCAGCAGCGCAGCGGAGCGGGCCAGGGAGCGCGUGGCGGCGCUGGAAGGCCAACUGGAGCAGGCACAGCGCAAGCAGCGCGAGUCGGCUGAUGCGGCCAGCGAGCGCGAGCGGCACUUCAAUGAAGAGCUUCAGACGGCGCAUAAGCUGGCGCAGCUCUACAAGGAAAGCCGCCAGGAUGUAGAGGCCAAGUUCACGGAACUCAAGGGGGUCGCUGCAGCCAUCGAGGAAGCCUUGUCCCAACAGAAAGCAGAAUACGAUGCACGGCUGGCUCAGGAGAUUGCCUCGCGCGAGUCGGAGGCUGCCGCUGCGCGGAUUGCCCAGGCCAAGCUGGAGCAGGAGCUGCAGGGGGCCCGGGACGCCGUGCGCCAGCCACGCACCCCAGACACACUCACCGUGGCCACAUUCGGGCAGACAGGGGAUGGCUUCCCGCGCCUAGCCCUGGACCUGCGCGCCGAGGGUGGCGAGCCCCGCCAGCUGCUGCAGCUGUCCCCAAUGGCCCUGGGAGCGGCGCUCAUCAAGGACGGGGUCACGUUGACAGAGAUGUACGCGCGCUACCAGGAGGCGGCUGACGCCUUCCGGCAUGAGCGGCAGGAGCGUGCGCGUGUGGAGCGUGAGUACGACAUGCUGGUGGCAGAGAUCAACGAGCGCCUGCCUGCCCUCGCCACCGAGCAAGCGACGUUCCGCAGCCUGGAGGCAUCAUACCAGACGCUGCUCCAAAAGCACACGGACGCCGCAGCGCGCGAGCGGGGAGUGCAGUCCCAGGUGGCGGAGCUGCAGGCGCAGCUCAAUCGCAGCAGCAGGGAGAAGCACGGCCUCGAGCGCCAGGUGGCCGAUCUCGAGAGAGAGGUUGCCCUGCUCACUUGGGAGGGCCAGCACGAGGGGCGGCUGGCGGGCAGUGGGGGAGGGGAGGUGGCGCGCCCCCGCACGCCCCCGCAGGCAGGGGAGUGGGACUUCCAAGACAUUGCGGAGCUGGUGACCAAGUACGGGCAGGUGAAGCUGCGCUACGAGGCGCUGCAGGAGGAGCACGACGCCGAGAAGCAGGCAGUCCAGGAGGCCGCCAAGGCUGAGGUGGACGCGGCCUACCUGCGUGCUACACAGCAGGUGGAGGAGAUUCGGCGCCAUCUGCAAGUGCGAGAUGAGGCCAUCGCCCUCGUCAAGAAACAGGCGGCCGCAUUUGAGCGGCUGUGGCGUGCUGCAGAGAGGCGCCCGACUGGGCCUAGCACAGGGGCUGACUGCGAGGACGGGGAGGGGGCGGACCAGCUGGCUGUGGCACAGAGAGCGCAGAAGGCACUGGAGGAUGCGCAGCUGGCGGCAGAGCGGGAGAAGAAUCAGCUGCUCAAUGAGAUGGAUGCCAAGAGGAAGGCGGUCCUGGAUGCGGAGCAGGCGCAGCGGCGGGCCGAGUCCGCACUGGAGUUUGAGCGUGAGCGGUACCGCAUGCUGGAGGGCCAAUUCCAGGGGCAGGCGCUGGAGCUGGAGGGGCUGCGGCAGCGCAACCUGGAGUUUGCGGCCAGCGUGCAGCAGUUCCAGGCCCAGCUGCGCGCGAGCGACCACGCGCGGCAGGAUGCUCAGGAUGCACUGCGCACUCUGGAGAUACAGGUGGCCAUUCUGGAGAAGGAGAAGAGCCUGCUGGCCGAUGCCGAGGCGCGUGUGUCGGAGGAGGCCCGCGGCCUGUCCCAGAAGAUGCAUGCGGCGCAGGCCGCGCUGGAGGCCACCCGCACGCGGCUGGACGCCCAGGCGGAGGCUGCGGGCGAGGAGCGGAAGCGCCUGCUGGAGGAGCUGCAGAGGCUGCAGCAUGAGUGGCGCGACGCGCGUGAGGAGGUUGAGGGGGAGCGGCAGCGGUGCCGCGCCCUGACCCUGGCCCGCGACCAGGCCGCGCAAGAGGCGGCGCAGCGGGUGGCGGCGGCAGAAGGGGCUGCAGAGGCUGCCAAGAAGGCUGCAGCGGAGGGGAGCGCUCAGCACGCAGCGGCACAGGCCAGGGUGACAGCGCUGGAGGAGCAGCUGCAGCAGGCAGACAGCAAGCUGCGAGCGGCAAUUCGCGGGGAGGUGGGUACCCCUAGCAACGAGUCGGAUCGAGAGGCGCUGGCGCUGGCGGAGCUGGAGAAGGCGCGCAUGCAGGUGCGCAACGUCAGAGAGGAUUUAGAGGCAGCGCAGCGUCAUGUAGAGCAGUACAAGGCCAUUGCCGCCACCAACGAGGCGACGCUGGAGCAGGCCGCCCAGGAGCAUCGCCAGUUCCGCGAGGCGGCGGAGCAGGCGCAAGCCGCGGCUGAGGCGGAGGCAGAGGGGCUGCGCGCGAGGGUGGCGGACCUAGAGGGCGAGGUGGCGGCGCUGCAGAUUGCGGCGCAGCAGGCCCAGGAGGCAGCGGCCGCGCAGGGGGAGGCGGCAGAGCGGGAAAGGCAGGCGGAGAGAGACGAAGUGGCGGCGCUGCGGGGGGCGCUGCAGGAGGCGCAGGCCAGGGUGGGGGCGCUCAAGGAAGACGGGGAGAGGACGCGCCGGGAGUAUGCGCGCGCACAGGCGCACUACGAGCAGCAGGUGCUGGUGCAGGCGGAGUCCAUCCGCGCCCAGAACGAGGCCGCUGCUAAGCUGCACGCUGCGGAGGAGGGGGCCCGAACUGCUCAGAGCCGCGCAGAGGCAGCCGAACAGCUCAAGGCGUCCUGCGAGGCUGCCUGGGCUGCGGAGAAGUCUUCGCUGGAGGCGCGGGAAGCGGAGGCGGUGCGCAAGGCGGCGCAGCUGGAGGCCCAGAACCGCCUCCUGCUGGACCGCCUGGAGGCGCAGCACCCAACGGCCCCUUCGUCGCCCCGCCCCGGGCUGGGGCCGGGCGCGGCCGAGGAGGAGGACAUCCAGGGCGUGCUGCGCUACCUGCGGCGGGAGAAAGAGACGGUGGAGACGGCGCUGGCGCUGGCGCAGCAGGAGGGGGCGCGCUGGCGCAGCCAGGCGGAGCAGGCCAGCAAAGCGGCGGAGGAGGCGAGGGCGGAGCUGGCCGUGAUGGCGGACAAGGCGUACCGCGGCCUGCAGCAGCAGCAGGAGCACCGCGCCCUCCUCGCACAGGUGGACCAGCUGAACCUGCUGCGCGAGAGCAACAGCGCGCUGCGCGAGGAGGCAGCUGCCAACCUGCGCGAGGCGGGCCGCUGGCGCAGCCAGGCCAGCGAGUUGGAGGGGGCGGUGGGGGCCCUGAAGAGCGCCCUCCACGAGAAGGAGGCCGCAGUGGACGGAGCUGCGCGGGAGAGGGACCUUGCCCAGCAGGAGGCCCAGCGGUGGAAGGCCCGCGCAGAUCAGCUGACCAAGAAGUUUGAGGCGGUGGACCCUGCAGAGCACGCGCGCAUCGUGGAGGAGCUGGCGCAUGCGCAGGGUCAGCUGCGGCAGGCCAACGAGGCGACCAGCGGCGCCGCAGCGGAGGCGCAGGCGGCGCGGCAGGAGGUGGCGCAGCUGCAGGCGCAGCUGGAGGACGUGGCGGGCAAGAAGGAGGAGGACCUGCGGCGCUACAGGGCCACGCUGCGGAGGAACAACGACGACAGCAAGGAGGCGCGCGCUGCGCUGGAGCAGCAGGUGGCGGAUCUGGAGGCCAAGCUAAAGGCUGCGGAAGGGGGGGCCGGCCUGAACCGCUGGCAGAAGCGGGGGCCAGCGGACGAGGCCAAGAAGGAGCUGGAGGCGGCCAAAGCUGCGGCGGAGGACAGCAGGAAAGAGACGGAGGCGGCGCGCAAAGAUGUGGAGGCGGCGAGAAAGGACGCGGAGGCGGCGAGAAAGGACGUGGAGGCGGCCAAGAGGGAGCUCGAGGCGGCGCGCAAGGAGGUGGAGCGGGUGCAGCAGGAGGCGGCGGCGGCCAAGACAGCAGAGGAGGCGGCCAAGCAGGAGGCCGCAGGCGCCAAGAGAGCAGCAGAGGAGGCCCGCAAAGAGGCGAGCAGUACAGCGGGGGAGGCAGCAGAGAAGCAGGCCGUGGCCGAGCUGGAAAUGCGGCUCAAGCAUGCGGAGAUUGCAGCGCAGAAGGCAGGGGUGGCACAGAAGGAGGCGGAGAAGAACCUGCAGGCGGAGAAGAAGCGACGCCUCUCCGCCGCCACCGACAACAAGAAGCUGGCCAACAUCCUGGCCAUCAAGGAGAAGGAGAGGGCCAGCCUGGCGGCACGCCUGGAGGCCCUGGAGGGCGCCCCCGCUGCAGCUCGGGAGAGCCCGGCCCCAGCGGUGGAAGCAGAGAUGGAGCCGGAAGGAGCAGACAAGGCGGCGGCCCCGCCUGCCGCCCCAGCCCAGGCUGCGCCGCGCAAGAAGCCAGUGCCGCCACCCACGCCGGCUGCGGCAUCUGCGCGGCCUGCCAAGGCGCCCGAGGAGAAGAGCGUAGAGCAGCCCAAGGAGGUGCCGCCGGAGGUCCCUGCGGCAGGGGCAGAGGCGGCAGCGGGCCAAGGGGGGCCUCCGGCAGGGGCCAGCGCGGAGGAGAAGGCCGGGGCGGCCGCGGAGCAGGUGAUGGCGGCCAUCGACCUGGCGGAGCUGGCGCAGAUGGCGGCGCCCACCGGACAGGGGGAGGGGUGCAAGGAGGCGCCGCCGCCGGAAGGACCCCCAGCAUCAGGUGCCACCCCCGCACCCGGCGCCAGCGAGGCCGCUACCAAGGAGCCAGAGCCAGAGCCGGCAGCCGUGCCAGCCGAAGUGCCGGCAAAGAAAGAAGCUGUUGCCCUCCCCCCGGCAGCAUCUGGCCCUGGCGAGCAUGAGGCUUCCCUGCGCAUGAAGCUGCUGGCCGCCAGGAGCGCCUCAUCAAGAGGCAGCCCGGCCGCCCCGCCUGCAGUGCUGCCCGGCCGCAUUGCAAAGCUGAACCGGGCAGGCCUGCCCCCUGCUCCCUCGCCGGCUCCCCAGAAGGCCGCCCCUGCAGAAGCCCGGCCCGUUGGGCCUACCACUGGCAGCCCCGCCAAGCGGCCCGCGCCCAGCAGGGAGGGGCAAGCGGCCGCAUCCAACAAGCGGGCACGCGCAGGGGAAGAGGACAGCACCGUGGCGGAGGCCUCACGCAAAGCCAGGGAGGCUGCGUUGGCGGCCAUGAGCGGCGUUCCUGCCAGCCGGGCCGCUGCAGCUCCCACCCCGGCCCCGCCGAUUGCGACGCCCCCUCCCGGCCUCACCCCCGCCACGCCGUCGGUGCUGGCCCUGGGCGCCCGGCCGAGAGAGGGCGACGCGCAGGAGGACGCCCCAGUAGGGAAGCGGCUGCGGAUGGACGCCGCGCCGUUUGUGCCGGUGCAGGCGUCGCCCCAAGAGGAGGUGCGCGCGGCGGUGGCGGCCAGCUUGGCCAGGCCGGGGCCGGGCGCCGUAGUGGCGGGGAGCCAGCGCGAGCGGGUGGAGGCCGUGGCGCAGCAGGAGGUGGCGGCAGCGGUGCAGGCGGCAGCUGCGGAGGAGCAGGCGGCAGUGAGUGCGGAAGUGGCGGCGAUAGAGGAGGAGAAGCAGGAGCUGGUGGCGGAGGCGGAGGCAGACAAGAUGGAGGAAGACGCAGCGGGGGAAGGGGCGGGCGAGGACGCGGAGCUGGGCGGCGGAGAGGUGGCGCCGCAGGAGCUGGAGCCCGGGGACAUGGAGGAGCAGCGGCAGCCGUACCGGGAGGAAGGGGACGCCGCAGCCGAGGGGGAAGAGAGCCAGGCGAGGGACGAGGGCGACGAGGCCGGGGACAUGGAGGUCGACCUGGCGGGAAGGGAGGAGGGCGAGAUUGAGCAGGAGGAGGAGGAAGGAGAGACAGCGGGGGCAAGUGGGGACGGGGACGGUUCUCUGCCUGCGGAGACAGUGGAGGAGCAGGGCGGGGAGGCGGGCGCAGCCGCAGAGGAGCCGGAGCAGGGGGAAACGGACGAGCAGGGCGCAGCAGAAGUCACUCCAGCUAGCGAGGAGCAGGAAAGGCAGGCGACGGCAGGCAGUGAGGAGGUGGCGCCGCCAGCGCGACAAGAAGCAGCGGGGACACCAGCCGGGGAGGAGCAGCAAGGAACGGGAGAGGGGACACGGCCGGAGCCGAGCGCCGGGGAGCAGCAGGGCACGGCAGCGACUGCGCCCGCAGCGGAAGCAGGCGAGGAGCAGCCCCCAAACACGGCAGAUGCCAAAGCGGUCGAGGAUAUGCCAGGCAGCGGUGCCGAGGCCGGGAAUGGAAAGGGGAGCACGCAAACGGAUGGAGCCGCCAGCGAGGUUGUGGAAACAAAGGCGGGCCCUCAAGACAGCAAGCCCAAGGGUGUCCGCAAGGCAGGCGCCAAGCUUGACAAACGCGUAGCCGAAACAUCACAGGCCCCGGGCACCGAGGCGGCCACAGCAGGGGAGGCAGGUGCCGCCCCAGGCGGCGAUGGAGGCGGUUCGAGCAAGAUCAUCAGCUUGGUCAAGCUGCACGCAAAGCCGGAGCCGCAGGCGGCAUUGCCCAGUUCCGCCGGGCCUGCAGCCGCGGACGUGGCCAAGAGAAUCGUACAGGGGCACAAGGCAGGACGCGGCAAGGGACGCGGGACAGGCCGCGCAGCAGGGCGCGGGGGUGGGCGCGGAACUGGUCGUGGGGGUCUGGUGCCGUCACCUCGUGGAGGCCAAAAGAAGCAGUCGACCGUGAGUCCGCCCAAGCGCAACACUGGCGGAAAGAAAGACGACAAAGAACAAGACCCCAACCCUUUCAGCGUUCUUCCAGAGGGCGAAUGAAAGGGGUCGCUUGCCUGCACACAUCCGGAUGUGUGCUUGCUGGUAAGCGUAGUUCCGUAUGUCCCGCUAGUACAGGUUGGCUGGAAAUGCUUGUUCCCUCGAGAUGAUUUGGAGCUUUUGAACCUCCACUUGAAAUACCUUGAGCAAAGCGCUGAGUAUUUGAAGAACCUCACAAGCAGUUGGAGCUUCUCUUCUCGGUCGCCUGCUUAAGUAACUCUACUUGCAGGUGGUAAGUCUGCUUUCCGUCCAAUUGCAAUCCUUAUCUGGGGCAUUCUGCAUAAUGGAAACAGUGCUUCAGCACCGCAAGUUUUCCAGGAGUCUCGCUGCCCAUAAGACGGGCCUUCUUGAAAUGUAUGUCGUGCAAAGUCCACUUUGUCAAUGCGGGUUAUAAGCGCACAUUCCCAUAGCUUGCAGAGGCGUCACAACGUGCAAAUGAACGGAUCAGCGUCCUCUGCAGUCGGAUUUGGCAGCUCCAUGCAAAGAUUGCAAUUCGCAUGAUUGAAUUCAUAGAAGUACAUAUAAGUGUGGCGCUCAAGCAUGGAACCAUUCCAAGGGCGUCUAUAAGAUUGCAUGCAUGAAGGGCGUGAUUUUUGCAGGAUUUUUAGGGGUAUCGCAUAUAAGCUGAGGGUGGUUUAUAGGCUAUGGAGUUGUGGAAGCGUCUAGAAGGCCGCUUCUGCUGCGGAUAGCUUAGCAGUCUGUAAUGUUUGUAUGAAUAAAGUAGACUAGAAUCGAUGACUGCAUUCGACAAAGUCUCAGGAAUUAGAUGUUAUCGAACUUUUAGGGUGAUUCCCAAAUAUAAAUUGGGCGA